AUGGCGUCCCCGGCUAUCAGAAAGGCGAUCGCUGAAGCGGCGUCGCAGUACUCCAAGCCCGAAGGGAAGGUCUUUCAAUAUGGUACCGCGGGGUUCCGUAUGAAGGCUGAUCUCCUCAACACCGUAGUCUUCACCGUGGGCUUGCUUGCUGGGCUUCGUUCCAGAAAGCUUAGUGGACAAUGGGUUGGUGUCAUGGUCACUGCCAGUCACAACCCCGCGGAAGAUAAUGGCGUCAAGUUGAUUGAUCCCAUGGGUGAAAUGUUGGAGGCUGAGUGGGAAACUUAUGCCACCAGACUUGCCAAUGCCCCGCUUGACAAGGUCGGUGAUGUCUUUGACGAACUCAUCAAGGAGAUCGAUGUCAGCAUGGAGAACCCCGCUCGUGUCGUCUUCGCUCGCGACACUCGUGCCUCCGGCUCGCGUCUGGUCUCCGUCAUCAAUGCCGCCCUUACCGCUUCGGAGGUCGAAUUCAUCGAUCUGAAGUACAUGACCACCCCUCAGCUUCACUAUGUUGUGCGCUGCAAGAACACUCUGGGCACCCAGUAUGAGUAUGGCGAGCCCACAGAGCAGGGCUACUAUGAGAAGCUUGCCGAAGCUUUCAAGAGAGUUAUGCGUGGUGUUAAGGUCAAGGGCUCGUUGACCGUGGACUGCGCGAACGGUGUUGGUGGGCCCAAGCUGAGAGAGCUCAUCAAGUACCUGCCCGGCCCGGAGGAGGGUGGCAUGGAUAUCAAGAUAGUUAAUGAUGAUGUCAUUAACCCUGAUAGCCUGAACUUUGAAUGUGGUGCCGAUUAUGUCAAAACGAAACAACGUGCCCCGCCUUCCUCCAAGGCAGCUGCUCUUGACCGCUGUGCCUCGCUGGAUGGUGACGCCGAUCGUAUCGUGUACUACUUCAUCGACGAGAGCAACACUUUCAGAUUGCUUGACGGUGACCGCAUUGCCACCCUUGCGGCCUCCUUCAUCGGCGAUCUUGCGCGGAGCGCUGGAAUUGCGCAGAAGCUCAAGAUCGGCGUCGUCCAGACCGCUUACGCCAAUGGUUCCAGCACGGACUACAUCGAGAAGGUCCUGAAGUUGCCUUCUGUUUGCACCAACACUGGUGUCAAGCAUCUGCACCAUGCGGCCCUGCGCUUCGACGUUGGCGUCUACUUCGAGGCCAACGGUCACGGUACCAUUACUUUCUCCGAGACCGCCUUGAAGACCAUUAAGAACACUGAGCCCCAGUCUCCUGCCCAGCAGCGCUCCCUUGAGUGCCUUCAGGCUCUUACUGACCUGAUCAACCAGGCGGUCGGUGAUGCCAUCUCCGACAUGCUUCUGGUCGAAGCUAUUCUUGCUCACAAGGGCUGGAGCCCCAAGGAAUGGCUUGCUACUUACACCGACCUUCCCUCGCGACUUGUCCGCGUGGAGGUCGCAGACCGCUCCAUCUUCAAGGCUUACGAUGCCGAGCGCAAGCUCGAGUCGCCCCCAGGCCUCCAGGCUAAGAUUGAGUCCCUCCAGUCCCGCUACAACAAGGGCAGAAGCUUUGCCCGUGCAAGUGGCACGGAAGAUGCGGUGCGUGUCUAUGCCGAGGCAGCAAGCCGCUCCGAGGCGGACGACCUUGCUACCCGUGUCGCCAACGCCGUCCGCGAGGCUGGCACUGCCAAGGAAACAUUGCAGUCUGCUUGAACCCAUACUGCCUUGGAAUGACGGACUGCUCUAAAUAGCAAAGCCCGAUUCACCUGCAAAAAGAUAUCAGAUAUACUUACACAAAUGGCAAGCGCAUGAACAGGAAAACUCUGUUCUGCCUUGCAAGCAUCCUGGGAACUUUUACGAAUGAAUUUAUGAAAUUAGUCUAAUCUGCAUUGAAGCAAAAGAAGUUGCAUUUGAUGUUCUCAGAUCCGUUUUUAUGUUUCAGAUACAUUCUUCUAGCAUUUCUAGUUGAUUGAAGCCACAUCUAGACUUUUAUAAACAAACGUCGA